AUGACGUGCCCCUCUCCGACAGAGCUUCGAAAGAACUUUAUUUUUUCUACAGUCGUUGAGGAUGAGGAUGAAAGAACUCGUCUUCAAGGGGAAAAUAAACCAAGGAGGCUUCAUACAGAUCCAGAUAAAGAUAUUCUCCUUGGCAUCCCUACUGACACUGAACACACGGGUGUCUGUGAUGUGGAACUUCAGGAAUCCCAGUUUUUCAUUUUGGACCCCUCCAUGAGGCCCAAACUUCCACUUAGCCUGCAGUCAGAGUCACAGCCUGCCCCCAGCAUAUGGUCAGAUCCUCCUGUCCACCCCAGUCUCCAAGAUUCAGUUGCAGAGGCCCUUGUGCCCCAGCGCCAGGGCUCCUGGGACAUGGUGAACCAGGGUGCAGGAGAAAAAAUGCAGUGUACAGAUGAAGUGGACGACAAAGGCAGCUGCAUUCCAGAGGUAGUGAUCACACAGGCAGAUGAGCUUUUCUGUGCCCAUAACAAGGGAGAGCAGCUGGUGGUGGAGAAGCCACGUGAUGGCAAGCAGACUGAGGAGACUGAGAGGGUAGUUUUUGUGGACACAGUCAGUAGCUAUGGUGAUGGAGGGGAUAUCAGCUGUAGUGACCAGCAGUCCCUGAAAAGUGACAGCAUCUCCCUGACCAGUGAAGCUACAGUCUCAGGGAAGAGUUACGGGGAGCAGGACUGUCAGGAGGAUGAUGCCAGGAGUGUAACUGCAUCCUCAGUCACGUCCCUGUUCCAGCGGCUGCAGAUGGACCCUCUGGAGCGCGAGUGGCUCCGUUUCGCCGCCCUGGGGAAUGCUGCGGCUCUGCGCCAGCUCCUCAGCCAGGACCCAACCCUUGCUUCCAAAAAGGACUUCAUCACUGGGUUUGUAAGUAUCCAUUUUUAAUGCACAGACAAUUAAUGAUAUUUUUGAUUAUACUGCUGU